CACUCCAAACCCUAACCCCGAACUCGAUUUCGUCGCACGAUUCCUCGUCCUCGCCCUAUUCUUCUUCUUCUUCUUCUUGUUCCUCUUGCGCUCUUCUCCACCUCCUCCUCCCAAAUUCUCUACCCUAAUCGACCUCUUCGCUCGAUGCAGGAUCGGUAAUUACUCUACUCUUCUUCGCUGAUUUGAUCUCCAGGUUUUUUUCUCUUUUUGUAAGUGUCAUAACGCAGUGACCGUGAAGGAAAUAAAAAAAUCCAGCUGAAAUUGCAGCCAAAAAUGCAGUCCAGGAAUCGAGUUCCGGUAGACGGAGCAAGGUCAGGAUCGGCGGCGGCACUUGGUAUAGCAUCAGGCCGAAUCUCCCCCUUCGGCCGGAGCCGUGGCCAUGUCAACUUCGCACAUGGCAACACCAAGCCCUUCUAUCCCCCUCCUCCUCCUCCUCAUCGGAAGUUUGAGAUUCUUAUGGAAGCUGGCCGCCUUGCUGCUGAGUACUUAAUCUCGAAGGGCAAGCUCCCCCCUAGCUCGCUGCCCGUGAGCUGGCCCAGUAACAGUAUUCCCGACCAAGUCGGUUGCCGAACUUCAGCUCUAGAUCGGCUUGGGAACUCGGGGCCUGCCGAUGUGGGCCCAUGUCGGAGAGGAUUCAAUGAUGAGUACAACCGCGUAAAUUCAAGAAGAAAUGGCAGAGGAAGGCGGAAAUUUGGGUUCUACAAUCGAAAUUAUUCGGAUUGGGGUAGGGAGAGAGGAAGGAAUAAUGGGCCGUGGAUGGAAAGAAGUGGUAGGGGUUAUUCUGAUAGUGUGGAGGACGAAGAAGAAGAAGAUGUUGCUCCCGGGUAUAGUAGAGAUCGUAGAGGCGGGAACGAUGAAGUUGGGAGUAGUGUUUCAGGAGUAGCUGGGCCGUUAAAGGGUGAAGAAGUAACUGGUGAAGUUAUAGGAGAAUCAGAUUUUGAUGAUACGGGAUCAAAGGCUAGCUCUUGUAGUGCUAGGAAAGACCCACCUUUGGAGGGGCAGGGUGAUGUUAAUAUGAACAAAGGGAUGGAUGAUGAUGAUAAUAAAGUAUUGAACUCGGAUGGGACGGAGGUUAAGAGCUGCGAGAGCAGCGAGUUGGAGAAGAAGGAUUCAAAAGAGGAAGCUUUGGACGGUAAGGCUCUUAAUUAUGAAGACGAAUCAGUUAAUAAACAUGGGAGUGGUUUACUUAAAUACUGUGGGUUUGCUAAAGUGCCAACUAAGCCACGGUCAGCAUUGGCACAUAGAAAUGUAGUGGUUGAUCAAGGUCCGACUGAGAUGGUAUUAGAUGAGGCUCACGCUGAGAAUAAAGACCAGAAAGAUAGUUUAGAUUGCAAAACAUCUUCCAAUUCUGUUCUUGCAAGUGAGACAGUAGAACAAGAUGACCCACAAAAUGGAUCUACUAAAAGUAACCCAGAUAAUGAAACAUCUAUAGCGAUUUCCGAAACAAAAGAGGGGGAUAGCAAUUCACAGCAUUGCCAAAUGGAAGAAGGUAAAGGGGUGAAUGACUUGUCUCCAUCAAGAACAUUUCAAGAGAACAAUAAUGUACGAGAUGAAGAGAUGACCGAGUCAGAUGAGCAAGAGAAAGCAGGUGGGCCUAAUUUAUUUCCUAGUGCCGGAGCUGAACCCAUUGAUAAGAUGGAAGAAGUGAAGCGGAAUAAUCGGCCCACUUCGUUUAAGAUCCGCGAUCUUAACCUGAUGGAAAGCCCGGAAAUUACCGAGAUACUUGAUGAUCAUGAUUUGGAACAUCAAGCUGCUUCUGGCGCUUCUUUGGAAUCUCCGAAGCAGCUGCCUGUAGAUUUUGGUCUGUCUGUUGGUAAAAAUGCCAAGGACACAAAUGGCUACAACCGGAUCUCAAGUGAUGAUAAAGUAAUUCAAGUAAUUGAUCUUGAAGAUGAUUCCCCUGUAGAAAUCAGUGCUUGUGAUUCUUCAAAGCCUAACAGGAAUGAUGGGAUAUACCCAAAUAUGGAAAAUAUGCUGCACCAGGACGGGCCUCGGGAUGUGAUUCCUGGUAUUCAGGAUGGCUAUAGUCUUGCAAUUUCUGAUUAUCUUGGAGCUGAUAUUUGCCCAACAAUACAAGCAGAUCUUCAGGGCGGAAUACAUCUACAUGGUCCAGAGGGGUUUCCUGGUGUGGAUGAUCCAUUUUAUGGAGGUCUUGGAGAUAUAGGUUUUAUGGAGGUCUGGGACCAGCCGCCGCAGGAUUAUGAGAAGUUCUUUUGAUCAUAUUCGAGUCGAGUCCAGCACCGAAUCCUACUUACUCGGGAAAAUGUUAAUUUGGAUAAGUGAAGGAAAAGAACAAGAAAAUGUCGAAUGUAGAGAAAUAAAUAGAUUUCGCCUUCUGAAUCGCGGUGUUGUAAUUCUCCUCUCUUCAUAACAAGCAUCAAAAUGUUCAUAACAUAAUCUUGCUGUUCUGCUGGAUGAAGCCGCAUCGUAUUUUAUGAUGUACGACGUACGUUGACUAAUGAGAUCCGGGUUGUAUGCUUCUCUGGUGUUGAUUAUCUUUUGUUUCUCGACUCGAAGGAAUCGGUUGUUCCUGAUAUAUAAUUGUUAUAGUUGAUUUAGCUAGUUUUGCAAGAAAAAAAAAAAUUUUCUUUUUUUUUUACAUGUUAUGGGGGUUUUACUUUUAGCUCUUGUGGCCUCUGCAGAUAUGACUACUGCUAUAUUUGCUUUGUACUUGAGAAACAAUAAUGAUUAUAAAACACUCAAAAAGAUAAUAUUGGGUGACCAUAUGUAAAA